CGCCUCCUCUUCUCUGUCUCUGAAGUCUGAUACCCCGUCCCACUCCCAGGCCUACUCUGUUCAUGUGACCCCUGAGUUCAGUUCACCACCUUUUGCUCCCACCUGAAAAAGCUCUCUGUCCUCCAGUCCUGUGUGUGCCUGGGUGUGGGUGUGUGUGUGUUUCUGUUUUUCUACAUGCACCACCAAUGGGCAACUUCUGCGCCUGCCUCGCACCCAAGCCAGUGAACAAGAAGAAACCCACAAAGCGGCUAGCGAACCAACCGCCGGUCGCCUCCAACUCCAGCAACCGCUGGAGCCGAAUCCGAUCCUCGCGAAAAGAGAAAUUCGACGACGCUUUAAUUCAAGAACAAGCUCUCGCCGCCGCCACCAUCCUCUUACAGCAGCACAACGGUGCUCUGCCGUUCGAUCGGUCCUCUUCGCUUCGCUACCCGAACUCGGGGUCCAAGAAGAGCAACCAGCUGCCCCGGAGUUCGAGCUCAAGGGCCAGGUCACUCACAGACCCUUUGCUGCAGCCUCAGCAGCUUGUUAAUCAGGACAUAAGGCUUGAUGAUCUAGAAACCAACCGUUUUGUCCUUGUCCAUGGAGGUGGCUUUGGUGCUUGGUGUUGGUAUAAAACUAUAGCACUUCUAGAAGAAGGAGGUUUCAAAGUAUCUGCUAUAGACUUAACUGGUUCUGGGAUUCAUACGUUCGAUCCGAACAGCAUUACAAGUCUUUCGCAAUAUGUGAAGCCACUUACUGAUUUUCUUGAAAAACUUGCUGAGGGCGAGAAGGUCAUUUUGGUGGGACAUGAUUUUGGUGGUGCAUGUAUAUCAUAUGCAAUGGAGUCUUUUCCUUUAAAAAUUUCAAAGGCUGUUUUUAUUGCUGCGGCCAUGUUGACUAAUGGACAAAGUACUCUUGAUAUGUUUUCCAAACAGGCAGAUUCAAAUGAUCUAAUGCGACAGGCUCAGGUAUUUUUAUACGCAAAUGGGAAUGAUCACCCUCCAACUGCUAUUGAUUUAAAUAAAUCAUUGUUGAGGGAUUUGUUAUUCAACCAGAGUCCGGCCAAGGAUGUUGCUUUGGCAUCUGUUUCAAUGAGGCCAAUGCCCUUUGCACCAGUUUUAGAGAGACUAUCUCUUACUGACAUGAAAUAUGGAUCUGUACGGCGGUUUUAUAUAGAAACUCCAGAAGACAAUGCCACACCCAUCGCUCUCCAAGAGAGCAUGAUAAACACGAGCCCCCCAGAACGAGUCUUUCGGGUAAAAGGCGCUGAUCACUCACCGUUUUUCUCAAAGCCUCAAGCCCUACACAAAUUAUUGGUGGAGAUCUCAAAGAUCCCCUCAAGUUAAAACCAGUCUUGUAGCUAGAUGGUGUCUAGAGAUUUCUUCUGUUAAAGCUCCACUGACAUGAUAUAGGAAAACUACUGGAUUCAAUGAUGUAUGCAGUUGCAUUAUAACAGAGUUUCAAGUAAUCAUGUAUAUGCUCAUAACUUUGAAAAAAAUUCCAUGUAGUGCUUUUGUCAGAACGUAAAAUUAUUUUCACAUUUUUUUUUUCGGGUUUUCUUCGCAAUCAAGAGAUGUUUAUAUUUAUGCUACUGAAAAUUAUUCUGGGAAUAGCAACAGUUUGGGUGCAUUUUUGUGAUCUA